AUGGCGCCCACCGAAGAUGGCGUUUCUGCUCCCACGAAGGGCAAGGCCAAGGCCAAGACCAAGACCGUGCGCCAACUUCUUGCGCCGCCGACAGCACGGGCACCGGCACCGGCACCGGCAGCUACGACUUCUCCAGCGCCACCUCCAGCUCCAGCUCCAGUUAAUAUCGGCGAAGAUGAUCAAGAUGAUGAAGAGCAGGCUCAUCUUUCUGGCAAGAGGUACAAAAAAUGCACAUCACAUGUCUGGAAGUAUUUCACCAAGAAAAAGGAGGUUAUAGAGGUGGAUGGAAAGCAGUAUGAGCAGCUGUGGGGGUACUGCAAUUUCGCUAGGUGCAAUAAGAGGUACAGAGCUGAGGGCCCUUGUGGGACGACUGCAUUCAAGAGCCAUUUAAGGUCAAAGCACAGUAUUGUGGAGGGACAACAACAGCUUAAUGUUGGUAAGAACACUGGUUCUGAAAUUGCUCAUAUCGUGCCUUUCAAAUAUGACCAAGAAGUUAGCUUGAGGAAAUUGAACUUGGCAAUCACCAUGCAUGAAUAUCCUUUCAAUAUAGUUGAGCAUGAGUAUCUUGUUGAUUUCAUAGAAUCUCUUCGGCCUAGCUUUCCGAUAAAGUCUCGUGUCACUGUUAGGAAAGAAAUAAUUGACAGAUAUCUUGAAGAAAAAGAAACUUUGUAUGCACACUUAAAAACUAUCAAGUGCCGCUUUAGUGCAACAAUGGACAUGUGGACCUCAUGCCAAAACAAAGAAUACAUGUGUGUUACAAUUCAUUGGAUAGAUGAUAAUUGGCGUAUCCAAAAGAGAAUUAUUGGUUUCUUCAAUGUAAAAGGUAGACAUACUGGUGCUAAGUUAUCUGAGACAUUCAGUGAAGUUAUGGUUAAAUGGUACAUUGAGAAAAGACUGUUUGCAUUGACUUUGGAUAAUGCUAGUUCAAAUGAAGUGGCUGUCAAUGAUAUAAUUUCAGAUCUAAAAGAGAAUGGUAAUGGCUCCCUAGUGUGUGAUGGGCUGUUUUUUCAUGUCAGAUGUGCAUGUCAUAUUCUCAAUUUGGUUGCUAGAGAUGGGUUGAAAGUCAUUUCAGAAACAAUUAGCAAGGUCAAAUCACUUGUGCUAGCUGUGAAAGGGUCUCCAUUGCAGUGGGAAGAGCUUAUGAAGUGUGCCACCGAAGCUGGGUUGGAUACAAAGAGGGGUAUUCAAAUUGAUGUGUCAACAAGGUGGAAUUCUACCUACCUAAUGCUGAGAGAUGCCUUGUACUACAAGGAUGCAUUUAUUAGGCUGAAGUCUUCAAAUCGCCGUAGGUAUGCUAAGAUUUCUCCAUCUUCUGUUGAAUGGGAAAAGGCUUUGACAAUUUAUGGUUGUCUCAAGAAAUUUUAUGAUCUCACUGAAAUUCUCUCUGGCACUUCAUAUCCUACUGCAAACUUAUUUUAUAGAGCUUGGUGGAAAAACAAGAGAGAAGAGUAUCCUAUCCUUUCACAGAUUGUUCGGGAUGUAAUGGCUGUACAAGUAUCAACGGUAGCAUCCGAGUCUGCAUUUAGUGCUGCUGGUCGUGUUGUUGAUCCCUAUCGCAGUCGUCUUGAUCCCGAGAUGGUACAUGCAUUAAUUUGCACAAAGGAUUGGGUUGCUGCAGCAAAUGCGAAAGUGGUUGGAUUAAUUGUGAGUGAUCUUGAAGUUGAUGCUUUGACUAAUGUUGUGGCUAAACUGAAAAUUGAGGACAAGGACAAGGAGGGCAAUGGGGACUCGAGGAGGACAAUGAGGAUGCAAAAGACAUGGAGAGCGAUGGGAACUUUGAUCCCCGACAUCAUGGAUGAUUUGAUGAGCUCAUAG